CAUAAUAUGCAUAAAAUUAGAUGUUAAAUGGCAUAGUUGUGCAAAUUUCACCAUCGCACUUCUGUUGGAAUAGAGGGUUGUUUGUGUUACGGAGCAGAUCCUCUGGUUUUUGUUUGGCUUCGUCAGUUUCUCUCAAGAGAAAGAGGCGAUACCAAGUAGAUCGCAGCGACAGCUGGAGGCGUCAAUGAUUGUCAAAUUGGCUUGGGCGGACAGAGCAUCGUGGAUACGAACAUGAUCAUUCUCAGGAAACGUAUGUACGAAGUGAUAAUUGUACUGAUUACAGAGACCAGAGAUAUACUUGCAGCUCAACAGGCGCAGGCACAAUAGAGAAUAUAGAAUAGAAAAUAGAAGAGGAAAGAUGCGAAUUCUGCUGAACAACUAAGGGUUCCAUUACUCCCGCAGCACCUCUUGCAAGAUUGGUGAAGCAAAGUGAAUGACAAUUUGAAGUGGUAAAAUCGUUGAUUAAAUCGAAUUUGGAUUGCAUAAAGGCAAAAUGGCUUUUGGACAAGUGGUGGUCGGCCCACCUGGCUCAGGGAAGACCACCUAUUGCAACGGCAUGUCUCAGUUCCUUUCUCUUAUUGGCAGGAAGGUAGCAGUUGUCAACUUGGAUCCAGCAAAUGAUGCCUUGCCCUUUGAAUGUGCUGUAAAUAUCGAGGAUCUAAUCAAGCUCGAGGAUGUUAUGGCUGAGCAUGGGCUCGGUCCUAAUGGAGGCCUGGUUUACUGCAUGGAUUACCUGGAGAAGAACAUGGACUGGUUGCAGUCAAAACUAGAGCCUCUUGCAAAGGAUCACUAUUUUCUCUUCGACUUUCCUGGGCAGGUUGAGCUAUUCACUCUUCAUUCAAAUGCCAAGAAUGUCAUCUUUGGAUUGACAAAAAAAAUGGACUUAAGGCUCACAGCUAUACACUUAGUUGAUGCUCAUCUAUGCAGUGAUCCUGGGAAAUACAUCAGUGCUUUACUGCUCUCCUUGACAACAAUGUUACAUUUGGAACUGCCACAUAUUAAUGUGUUGUCAAAGAUGGAUCUUAUUGAAAGUUAUGGCAAGCUAGCUUUCAAUUUAGAGUUCUACACAGAUGUACAGGACUUAUCUUACUUACAGUCUCAUCUUGAUGAGGAUCCCCGUUCUUCCAAAUACAGAAAACUCACCAAGGCACUCUGUGAAGUGGUGGAAGACUUUUCUUUAGUUAGUUUUACACCAUUGGACAUCCAGGACAAGGAGAGUGUUGGUUAUCUUGUUAAAUUGAUCGAUAAAGCAAAUGGAUAUGUGUUUGCUGGCGUCGAAGGCAAUGUUGUUGAAUUCAGCAAAAUUGCAGCGGGACCUGUAGAUUGGGAUUAUUAUAGAAAUGCAGCAGUACAAGAGAAGUACAUUAAGGAUGAGGACGACUGAUGUUAAGCUAAGGUUCCCUGAGAUGCUUCUUUGAAAUGUACUAGUGUGAUUAUUAGUGAGGCAGGACACAGAAAUUGUAGGUGUUCUAGGGACAAAUUUCAUCAGAUGGUAACCUAAAUUAUAAAGCAUCCAAGAAAUAUUUUCUCAGAGUUUCCAGAGAAACGUUAGACUAGUAGGGAAGAAGACUUGCCUAUUCUAUUCUGAAGUAACUGUAUUUGAUUAUCAUGCUAAUAUAUAUGACGGGGUCAAUUUUGUGGAAAUACUUUUGAUUGAUUACUAUUGUAGAGACUAGCAAUAUAGAUCAUAUGUUCAAUUAAACAAAAUAUCUUAUCUCUGUA